AUGACUGGACACACACAAGAUAGCAAGGUGAGCGAUAUUCUAAAGAUCGACCCAUACCUAGAGCCGCACCGCCAUGAAAUUGAGCGGCGGAUCGCUUUGAUGGGCAACUGGCUCAACGUGCUGGAUGAGACAGAGGGCGGAAUUGAGAAAUUCGCCUUGGGAUACGAGUACUACGGGUUCCAGGUUGAAGACGACGGAACAAUUGUUUAUCGUGAAUGGGCUCCGAACCCUGUCAAGGCUGCUUUGAUGGGUGAUUUCAACAAUUGGAACCGGGAGUCUCAUCCCAUGACCCAAAUCAACCAAUUCGGAACUUGGGAAAUUAGAUUGCCCCCUGUGGAUGGCCGCCCGGCUAUUUCACAUCACUCUAAAGUCAAAAUUGUUAUGACUCUGCCUGGAGGUGAGGUAAUUGACCGUAUUCCUGCCUGGAUUCGCCGUGUAGAACAGGACACGAAGGUGUCCCCUGUUUACGACGGUAUUUUCUGGAACCCUCCUGAGCCGUAUGUCUUCAAGAACCCGAGACCGAGCAUUGAUCUCAGUAAAGGCGGUAUAAAGAUUUAUGAGGCCCAUGUCGGCAUCUCCACUCCGGAGCCACGAAUCGGCACCUAUAAAGAGUUUACAAAGAACUUGCUACCUCAUAUUCACAAGUUGGGCUAUAAUGCCAUCCAGCUUAUGGCCAUUAUGGAGCAUGCAUAUUACGGUUCUUUCGGCUACCAGGUCUCGUCAUUUUUCUCCGCAUCGUCUCGUUAUGGCCCGCCUGAGGACUUGAUGGAGCUAAUUGAUGUUGCACAUGGUAUGGGAAUCGUGGUUCUUUUGGACGUGGUCCAUUCCCAUGCGUCAAAGAACGUUCUAGAUGGCCUCAAUAUGUUUGAUGGCACCGAAUAUCAGUAUUUCCAUGCUGGAGGUAAAGGCUCUCAUGAUCUCUGGGAUUCUCGGUUGUUCAACUACGGCAGCCACGAGGUUUUGAGGUUCUUACUUUCCAACUUGAGAUUCUAUAUCGAUGUUUACCAGUUUGAUGGGUUUAGAUUCGAUGGUGUCACUUCAAUGCUCUAUACUCACCACGGUAUCGGAACCGGGUUCAGCGGAGGAUAUCACGAGUAUUUUGGCCACUCAGUCGACGACCAAGCUAUUUGCUAUUUGAUGUUGGCUAACCGCCUGAUUAAAAAGCUGAAUCCCAAGUAUGUGUCCAUUGCUGAAGACGUGUCUGGCAUGCCGACCCUCUGUUUACCUGCUUCAAUUGGUGGCAUUGGUUUCGACUACAGAUUGGCAAUGGCGAUUCCCGACACCUGGAUCAAUCUUUUGAAAGAAAAGAGUGAUGAUGAGUGGGAUCUCGGCCAUAUCGUUUAUAUUCUGACCAACCGCCGGCACAUGGAGUUGACAAUCGCCUACUGUGAGUCCCAUGAUCAAGCCUUGGUUGGUGACAAAACUCUGGCAUUCUGGCUCAUGGACAAGCUCAUGUAUACCCACAUGUCUGUUCUUGCUGAGCCAUGCUUGGAGAUCGAUCGCGGUGUGAUGUUGCACAAGAUGAUUCGAUUCUUGACUCACACGCUGGGUGGUGAGGGCUAUUUGAACUUUGAGGGUAAUGAGUUUGGCCAUCCAGAGUGGCUUGAUUUCCCUCGUGAGGGUAAUGGCGAAUCUUACCACUACGCUAGACGUCAAUUCAACCUGAUCGAUGACCACUUGCUGCUUUAUCAGUACUUGAACAACUUCGAUGCUGCCUUGCAGCAUACCGAGUCCAAGUACCAAUGGCUCAAGGCUCCUCAGGCUUACGUUUCACUCAAACAUAACGGUGACAAGGUUCUUGCCUUUGAACGUGCUGGCGUUUUGUUCGUGUUCAACUUCAACCCUAACCAGUCGUUCAGUGACUAUCGUUUGGGUGUAGAGGCCGCCGGAACCUACAAGGUCGUACUGUCGACAGACGACGAAGAGUUCCAUGGCCACAAUCGCCUUGAUAAAUCGACCGAGUAUUUCACCAAACCAGAGCCGUGGAACGAUCGCUCGAACAGCAUCUACGUGUACAUUCCCGCUCGCUGUGCAAUUGCACUCGCUCUAUAUUAG